CCUGCUUCUCCUGUGCUCUACUGGUACGCUAACCUCCACCUGCCAGCCAGUUGUGAUUGAACGUGCCGCAAUGUGCCAUUUCACUGCCGCCUGCCACAAAAUGCUGUUGCUGCUGCUGAUCGCUCCCAAAUGAUGUGCAACAGUGUCAUUGCCACUGCCAUUACGCGCGCCACGGCUGUUGCUGUUGCUGCUCCCACCGCUACUACGUUCGCUUCGACGCGCGCUGCCACAACGAUAACGGCUGCUGCUACAACUAACACUGCCAACCAGAACAACAACAACAAUAAGAUAAAUAAACGUAUUAAAAAUAAAAAUAAUCAACAGCAACAACAAAAACAAAAACAACCAAAAGUGCUGGCUCACAUGAGCUGAGCGAGUUGGUGGACUGCGGUACGCAACAACAACGUAUGCCGUUGCUUUUUUGUGCAAUAAACAACUCCCACGACAACAAUAAAAAGUGAAGCGCAAUAGCGCGACGGCGACACCACAUAGUGCGCAAUCCCUGUCGUAUACAAAAAGUGAUUAUUAUUUUCGGGUUUACUUGCGGUAUUUGUUGUUGCCGAUUGUUGCAUAGGCGUUAGCUGCAACGCGCUGGUGUUGUUGGUGUUUUUUUGUUUUCGAUAUUUUCGCGCGUGACAUUUGCGUGUGUUGGUACGGUGUUGAAGCGCCGCGCGUAUAAAAUGAAAAUCAACUGUUCAUGUGAUUGCAAUUGCAGCGACCGCGCCUCGUGCAGCACCAACAUCACCGACCGCCGUCCGAGCGAUAUAAUGGCCCAUGGUGAUUGUUAUCGCCGAUUGUCGAAUUCAUCGUCCGCAUUGUACGGCAGUUGUCCACAGCUAACGCAGCAUUGCGAUUUAAUACAACAACAACAACAACAACAGUUUUGUCCACACAUCAAGCCAAGCGAACAAGUAGCACAGCGACAAGCGAGCCCACAUUAUCAGUCGACACAUCAGCAAACACGUCAAUAUUCGAGUUUAGUACGUACCCGCCCGUCGCGUAGUCCAGUACUUUGUCAGCGUUGUGCCGUGUGACGAAGGAAUAAUCAAGCCUGCACACAUCCCGAUAGGUCCACAGUCACUUGCGCGCUUACAUUCACCGCGGCGCGCUCGACGAAGAGCAGUAAAGCCGCAAAGGAGACGAGUGCCGUAAACGCCGCAGCCGCAGUAGGAACGUCAGCAAAAAACGCUUCAGCCGCGAAAUCAACUUCUUUAGCAUUUGUGUCCUACAAGCCGACCGCACACACCCCGAAAAUAAGCAGAGCGCAACAAUUGCAACAGGAAUUUACAUCGUCCAUCGCGACACCGGCUGUCACGGCGACGCGUUACUUGUGUCGACGCUGUAGAUACAACAAUCAACCAAUCACUUGGUGGGUAUCCUGCCCGCGCCUCUCCAAUUUGGGUUCGACACUGAGUCUGCAACAAAGCGCUGAGCCACAAAUUCAACAGCAACAGCAAGCGAAAACUCAAACACAAGCAAUACCAGUGACGCGCGGCACCGGCAAUAACUACGAUUAUCAGCAGCAACAACAGCGUCCUUUGCCCGCGCCACCAGUGAGUAACGCAGCAACGCGCGAGGACCCGCCCACGCCAAGUGACAGCAAUAGCAGCAGCAACAUGGCCACCACAGCCACCACAAAGAAGACCGUCACGCGCCAACAACUCUACGGUUCGAAUCGUUGUCUGCGCCAGCAAUCAAGUGUCCAUUAUCCACUCGAUCAUGGCGGCAUGCAGCCGACACAUGUUGGUGGCGGCGUCGGUGCCAGUGGCGGCGGUACGCUGAAACGCCAGCCAUGCGCGCUCUCACAUUCGCGUUCCAUCACCGCGCUACAAAAUAUGGAUCUCUAUGGCAGCUAUGCGACAUUGCCAUCGUCAGCAGCAGCCACCGUCGCCGCGCCAUUGGACACACCACAACGCGCGUACUGUGCGCGUCAUUUGCCGGCUGUUGCUGGUGGGGCAGCUGGCGUUGGUGCGGCUGUGAGUGGCAGUCACACUUGGCAUCCGAGUCAGUAUGCGGCUGCGACACCUUGCUGUCACAAUCUCUACAAUGCCAACCAGGCAGCAGCGGCGGCGGCGGCGCCCACUUGCAUGUAUGCUGGCAGUGGCAUUGGCCACACCUGCCAGCAGCAAGCGCCACAAACGCACCCACACCAGCAGCCGCAGCAACAGCAAUAUCCACGCGCCGCGCUGUUACAUGACAGCCAUAAACCUUUGGUGCCCAACGGCUGUUAUUUCGGCUAUGAACACAACACACAUUUGACCGAUGAGGAGGAUUCGGCAUUUCCGGGUUUUCAUGACCGUGAAUUUCACAUGCUCCAUCGGAAUAUACCGGCCUUGCGGCGUACUGGUGUGGACACGGCUGGGAUUAGACAGUAUUUCUAUCCGGAUGGCGGUUGGGGUUGGAUCAUAUGUGGCAUAGCCUUUUUGGUUCAUAUACUUACGACAGGUUUACAACUGUCAAGCGGUUUAUUACUAUUCUAUGCCAUCGAACAUCUGCGAGACUCCAAUGGCAUUGAAUGGGUUGGUGCUUUAAACUGGUCAAUUUCUAUGUUACUAUCACCGUUUGUGAUCACAUUUUGUCGAAAGAAAUCGACGCGACUGAUGGCAGUGGUUGGUGGUCUCGUACUACCGUUAGGCAUACUAUUUACCUCCUUCGCAACGGAGUUGGGGCAAAUAUUUUUUAGUUAUGGUAUUGUUUUUGGUAUAGCUGUGGCCAUGGUUCGUGAAUCGUCCACAAUUAUGUUAGGAAAUUACUUUAAACGACGUAGACAAUUUGUCGAAAUGGUCGCCAUGUCAGGCGAAGGCGUGGGCAUAUCGAUUUUCUCUGUGAUACUGCGUGAGGGUGUUGGCAAUGCUGGCUGGCGUGUGGGUCUUCAAAUUGUUGCUGGUCUUGUUGCGGUUAGUUUCUUUAUGGGUUUAUUAUAUAGACCCGCCUCAUUAUAUCAUCCACAACGGCGCGCUAUACAACAUUUGAAAAAUCAGAGGAAAAAGAUGCAUGAGAACAAAUCGAGAGCCGUGGUCACAACCGAACAGAAAACAGUCCGUUAUUUAUUUAUCGACAUAUCACCAUUCAAAUCAACUAAUGUGAAAAUACUACUCGUAUCAGCUGCGGUGGCGGCGUUGGGAAUUUACACGCCCAUGAUCUCAAUGACCUUGACCGUCGCCAAGGAGGGCCCCGAUAUAGAAGACUUAGUACUGUUGCAGACUUUUUUAGGCGUCUCUACCACAAUCGGUGUAUUUAUAGCCGGUACAAUAUUGCGUAAGACUUUUAGAAUAGGUAGCUUUUUAAUAACCUCACAAAUUGUGUCUCAGGUAUUUAUUGCGUUGAUAGCGAUUUCGAUAUUGAGCCUGUCUUUCGUCGUAAGUUUUCGUUGGUUUUGUAUACUCGGCUGGAUGUAUGGCAUUGGUUUUGGCGGCUUCCGUUAUGCUUUUAAGAUACUAACACUGGAUCGAGUUAAGGUGAAGCAGUUCUCAAAGGCAUGGGGUCUCAUCAAAGGCGCUGAGUCCUUACCGGUGCUCAUUAGCAUACCGCUGACCAGUUUCCUCAACGAUUACUCACUCAAUUAUGGACGUGCGGGUUAUUUCAUUUGCUCGGCAGCUGCCGCUAUCGGCGGCAUCAUAAUAUUUUUCAUGACUUACUCAACCGUCGAGCAGGAGAUCAGCAGUCACGGCAAUAAUAAAAAGCAUGGUAAUGGCGCCAUACCGACGUUGCGUCCAUUUCCACAAUACUGCAAACUGCAUGGGUUCCAUGAGCCCGUGGUGGACUUUAAUGUCUAUAAUGGCUGUGAUUAUCCCGCGCCCGAUUUGCUAAUGAGUCGCAGCUGUGUGAGCUUGAACCAAGUGGAUUUCGAGAAUCUCUGUCGCAAUAAUGCCUACUGUGAUCGCUGGCGUAUGCCGAGCGUGCAUAAAUUGCAAAACUGUGCGGUACAUGGUGCGGCGACACGAGGGCGUGGUCAUAUGGCAGCAGAUAUGAGUCGUCCGCAUAGUCCACACUAUGAUAUGGAGCAAGGUUAUGCCAGUAUGGGACGCAGUAUGGGCAAACGACUUCAGAAGAGUUUGUCCUUCAUACAAAAUCCAUACUGCUGCAAUGGGCAAUGGUAUUGCAAUUGUCAUGAUAGCUAUCAGUGGGCGCAGACGUCACCGAGAUCACACAUGCAUCAACCGUUGCUGUGCACCUGCAAUCAGGGCUCCACAAACUAUCUGCAAAACUCACGCAGCCGCAGUGUUCCUGAAGGUCUCUCCACUAUCGGCAAUCAGCUGUGCCGUUGCAAGACAACAGCAACGCCAGCCGCGACGACGACAUCGCGCUUGGGUUCUUCCACUGCCUUAUCGCGUGAAGUUAUCUAUUUGCCGCGUCAUGAUCACGACUAUGACUUCACGUGCCGGCAUCAUCAAAGAGGUGUUGGCGCUGCGGCGGCCACAGCUACCGCAGCGGCGGUUGCCGCUAUACAUGGUGCCGCCACAACACCGCGCUACCGCCAUCGACGCACGCAAUCGCUCUCCAAACCAUUACAAUAUGUUGAACAGAUAACGACAUCGGUGUAGGUGAAUAAUUACUAACCGUUAGAUAGACACAAGACAGUUAGUGCAAUAACUGAUACUAGACGACAAAAAGUUCAAGGCUACUAAGAUGAUGCACGAGCGUUGGAAAGUUGUGAAAUUUUGUUCAAAUUGGCUUAAGUGCUGAGGGUUGUGGUAAAAAAUUGAGUAAAGGGGUCUGUUGGUAUCCAAUAAAUUACGGUAGUAGACGACGUUUGUUUAUUUUAAGACCUUAAAUAACCUACGACCAAGUCGAGACUGUCGAAAUAGAUGAAGCAGACUCUUGUGGGAUUCUAAAAUCUAGUUUUAUAUUGAUAAUCGUGGAUAAUAAUAAUACGUAUGGACCUACAGAAUUCCCCACUCUACCAGUUCGCACGUUUUAGUCAAAAUUCAAUACAUUUCUAGCAGGAACUGACUACUCUUCUACCAAUUAAUUCACUUUAGACUGAUUCGGAGUCCCUUAAGAAUAGAUUUCUUGGAGUAAAAAUACCUUUUGGGUGGCCUUGGAUAGGAAAGGAAUACGUAUCUCGUAAAAAUAGGUGGUUGAAAGUUUAAAAUAGGUUUAAGAACCCUAGAAGGAUUUAGAGAUGCCACUUAGAUGCAGAUAGCUUUUUUCCAAAGGUUUGUUAGUUUGUCGCUAAAACUUUUGUGUCUGAAAUGUAAGAAGAUUAUAAGAUUUACCCUAACUUUUGGAGACUUGGAAGACGUUUAAAGACUUCAGAAGAAUACCGCCUGUAUAAGGGAACAAAUUUGCUUCGAGUUUGCAAGUUACUGAUUUCCAAAACCAGCGAAAGUCAAGUUUCUUACUACAACAAAAAGUUGGGCCGACAUUUUUUUUGGUUAGUAACCCUCGACUGUUUGUGAUACACUCCUGGUUCCAGUUAAAACUCAGUUAUGAGAACGGAUCUUGAAUUGUAAGGAUUAAGGCAUUAAAUUCAGUCUCAACAGUCUAAAGUCGACAGUCAUAAUGUCUAGUAUGAAAUGUACUUUUUUAUUUUGAAUACAUAUGGCAACCCUGCUCAAUUACUUUUUGAUACCACUGUAUUUAAACACGCCGGUGCAUUGUCGACAAAGGCCUUGAAGUUAGCAGAUAAAACAAGAAAAAAUUGCAAAAAACAAUAUUUCUAAAAUUCAAAGCGAAGAAUGACAACAAACAGUAUACACCGAGUGUUCGUGGUCUACAUACUUAUAGUACAGACUAUAGGCACACAUGUGUCUAUGUUCAAAGAAGAUCUAAUGCACAAAUGUAUUUAUACUUCUAGUCUUUUAGAAACUAUAAUUUUCCCAUUUCUCAAAAAAAAAGUUGCUACUGUAAUUUUAUAUAAUGAAAUACAUAAAUACAUAUAUACUUCUAAAUAUAAAUAAGGAGAAAAAAACUAAAAUUUGUC